AAAUCCAAUAAUGCUUAAAUAGAAUAUUCAAAGCUUACAAAUCUUGUCAGAUCAUCCAAAUGCAAAAGACGCAAUCGAUUCCUCCGAAUCCACGUUCUCAUAUCCUUAUCAUUCUCAAUCUUUUUUCAACUCUGAUUCAUCUUCCAUUUUCCUUCUCUUUCUCUAACCCAGAUUGAUAAAUUUUCUGUUUCAAUCACUGAUCCUUUUUAUCCGGUUUCUCAUGGCUUCUCUCAGUUUCACCCAUCUUAGAGGCACCAACUCUUUUGCUCCUAUCAAGACUCUUCCCACUUCUGUAACCACUCAACGUCUCAAAACCGGAGCUGGGUUCUUGAGACUCGUGGCUAAUGCUGAUCACGCUCAGGGAGAGCCUGAUUUGAGUGUUAAUGUUAAUGGGUUGCACAUGCCUAACCCAUUUGUUAUCGGCUCCGGUCCACCGGGAACCAACUAUACUGUGAUGAAGCGUGCCUUUGACGAGGGCUGGGGCGCUGUAAUUGCCAAAACUGUGUCAUUAGAUGCUGCAAAAGUUAUAAAUGUAACUCCUAGAUAUGCCCGGCUACGAGCAGGUGCAAAUGGCUCAGCCAAGGGGCAGAUAAUUGGGUGGGAGAAUAUAGAACUCAUAAGUGAUCGCCCUCUUGAAACUAUGCUGAAAGAAUUCAAGCAAUUAAAGGAAGAAUACCCAGAUAGGAUUCUCAUUGCUUCUAUUAUGGAGGAGUAUGACAAAGCUGCUUGGGAGGAGCUUAUUGAUCGUGUAGAGCAAACUGGAAUUGAUGCAAUUGAAAUCAAUUUCUCAUGUCCUCAUGGUAUGCCUGAACGCAAAAUGGGUGCUGCAGUUGGGCAAGACUGUGCUCUUUUGGAAGAAGUUUGUGGAUGGAUUAAUGCAAAAGCUACAGUUCCAGUUUGGGCAAAGAUGACUCCAAACAUCACAGACAUAACACAGCCAGCUAGGGUGGCACUAAGCUCAGGAUGUGAGGGUGUAUCUGCCAUUAACACCAUCAUGAGUGUGAUGGGAAUCAAUUUGAAAACAUUACGGCCAGAGCCUUGUGUUGAGGGAUACUCAACUCCUGGGGGUUAUUCUUCCAAAGCAGUCCAUCCUAUUGCACUUGGGAAGGUUAUGGCAAUUGCCAAGAUGAUGAAGUCAGAAUUUAAUGAUGAACAGUACUCACUUUCUGGUAUUGGAGGUGUUGAGACAGGUAGUGAUGCUGCUGAGUUUAUUCUUCUUGGAGCAAACACAGUUCAGGUCUGCACUGGGGUUAUGAUGCAUGGAUAUGGUCUCGUGAAGAAACUUUGCGAUGAAUUGAAGGAUUUUAUGAGAAUGCACAACUUCUCAUCAAUUGAAGAUUUCAGAGGAGCAUCUCUGGAGUAUUUUACAACUCACAUGGAUUUGGUACGACGGCAGCAAGAAGCAAUUCAACAGAGGAAAGCUAUCAAAAAAGGUUUGCAGUCUGAUAAAGAUUGGACAGGGGAUGGUUUUGUGAAGGAGUCUGAAAGCAUGGUUUCUAACUAAAUUGCCCAAGUACAGUAAGCAUUAUAUGAUUAAAAUAAGUUGGGUUAUGCUACGUAAUGUUCUGUUGAUAUUUCCUCUUGAGCUUGUCCUUUCUUUGAAUUGUAUUAGAUUUGAGAACAGCAAUAAAUUUUUCUGAUGCCUGUCCUUCUA